UCAGAAGCUCUCACUGGUUCGCUGAUUUUGAGGCAAUGCUAGAGAGAGGGAGAGCGGAGUACUGUGCAAGUUUUCACGAGAUAUAAAACACACACACACUGUGCAGAGUCUAAUACUCUAUUUGGAUUUGGGUCACUUCUCUAAAACUUUCAUCUCUGUGAAGUUUCUCAGAGACUGAGAGGAGAAAAAAGAAAACACCCAGGUGUGCUUUCUCAUUCAUUCUCUGAUUUCAGCGUUUUUUUUCGGUUCCCUGGUUAUUUUUCUUGUACUUGAUGAUUAUUCGUUCGGGGUUCUAUACACUGUGGGUUUUUGUUGAUGGGGUUUUCGGUAUUUUUGAUAUCUUGAUUAUUGACCUCCCAUGGAUGAUUUAUUUUCGUUGCGAUUCCUCAUCUGGGCAUCUAUCUAAACUUCAAAUUAUUUUUUAAUUCUUCUGUGGGUUUCGCGACCCCAUAACCUCUGCAUGAAUCUUGAUAUAUGAAAAUACAUUCUGGGAUUUUGUUUGUAGAAAAUCGAAGGUGCAUUUGGGGUUUUUGGAAUCACUGCAGCGAAAAACAUCUGUUUGUACAUAACUUAUAUAUCUUUUCACAUGUCCAUAUUUCUUUUUAUCUUCUUGAUUUCAGAUGAAUGUGAAAGCUUUGAUAUUGUUUAAUCUAUUUUGUGUUUGUGCACUUGAUGCUUGAUGACGCUCUUGGGAUGUUUUGGAGUUCUUACUGAUUAUUUUCAGUUGCUUAUUCGAAUCUGUUGAUUCUUUACACAGAAAAGGGAUUUCUGGUAUUUCAAGUAGGGAUUUAGGGGUUUUGAGAGAAUGCUAAGAAAGAGGACCAGGUCUGAGCAGAAAGAUCAACCAAUGAAUCAACUAGCAAAGUCUGAUUCUGUUUCCGAAUCCUAUAUCCAAUCGGAUGUGUGUGGCCAUAAACAGAAAAACAGCACCUUGCUCAGCAUACCUGGUGUGUUUGUAGGAUUAACUCUUAGGGGUUUAUUAGAUUCAGACUCUGUUAGGAGCCCAACAUCACCAUUGGAGUUUCGGGUGCUCGAGAAUCUACGCAACUCCAUUAGGUCCCCAAGCUCACCCCGAUAUGGGCAACAAAAGAGCUGGGGUUCUGGUAAAGUAGGCUUAAGCAUUAUUGAUUCUCUUGAUGAUGAUACCAAAACAUCCAGCAAAGUUCUGCAAUCAUCAGAGAGUAAGAACAUUCUUUUUGGACAGAGAGUGGGAGUGAAAAUCCCAGAUUGUCAAACUCAAAUCAAUUCUUUUGAGGCAGCAAAGUCAUUGCCUAGAAAUUUUGCUAUUUCCCCGCAUACAAAGAACAAAUCUUCAACCCAAAAGGGAAACUCUGAUGUUCUCUUUGAAAUUGGGGAAACCCUAGUAGAACCUGAUCAAUUUGGAAAAAUCCAGUCUUCUUCAUGGGAUUCCUGCUGGUCAUUUUCGGCACGGUCUACUCCUAAAUCUGGGUUGGGAAGUUUUUGCUUGGUGGAAAUAACCAACCAUGUGAACUCUCCUCCUAAAUUGUUUGGAGGAGCCUCAUAUUCAAACAAGUAUUCUCACACAAAUCUUACUUUGGCUCCACUGUCCUCUGGCUCUGGCAAUGGAGUUUCUGGGUCUCUCUCAACAAGCGAGAUUGAGCUUUCUGAGGAUUACACUUGCGUAAUUUCGCAUGGUCCUAACCCCAAAAAAACACACAUUUUUGGUGACCGCAUUUUAGAGUGUCACAAUAAUGACUUGAGCAAUUUUGGGAAAAAUGGAGAGAUGGAAACUGGUUUGCAACGCACAGAUACUGGCCCCAAAACUGCAAGCCUUUUCCACUCUAGUGACUUUUUAAGCUUCUGUUUCUUUUGUGGGAAGAAACUGGAAGAGGGGAAAGAUGUUUAUAUCUACAGAGGUGAGAAAGCAUUUUGCACCUUAGAUUGCCGUUCCCGGGAGAUUAUGAUGGAUGAAGCAUUGGAGGAAGACAUCUACAAAUCUUCCUAGGAUUCUCCCACGUCUAAUGAUGGUGGAGAACUUUCUGAUGCUGGCAUUUUCAUCAAUCCAUAGAGUUGCUUGCCUAAGCCGCACUCCUAUUAUUGAUGAAAGUCUUAUGGGAAGUGGUCACUUUUAGAUCAUCUGUUUCACAAAGAGCUGUUUUAUGUGCAUCUGUUAGCUAGCAGCCAUGGAUGAUCGUUUCUGUACAUGGUUGCAGUUGCCAUUUGUCUUUCAGCUCUCAUGGGCUAUUUGAUUUUGCCAUGCAUUUAUCUGACAGAUCUUUGUAGUUCAUGAAGAAAGGAAGUGGCCAAAUUUUAUGGCUCUCCUAUGGCUUUUGUUACUUCCCUUUGAUCUCUUCUGUGACAGAGUUAAUGUAUUAAGCCUGCAAAAUUCAGACUCGUCUUUACAUCAAA